AUUACCAGAAGCCAGGAGAGAGGGACGAGGCCGCGGCGCUAAGGAACCUGGUUCUUCUCGCGUGGAUCUGCUGCGUCGCGGUUCGUAAUGUCUUUGGGCCUGGGCCCCCUCUCGCCAUGCCCGCUGCUGAACGCUCCCCCCCGCCGAGGCCGCUGCUUCUCCUCCUGCCGUCGUUGCUCCUGAUUUGGUGCCUGGAUGGGGCGGUGGGAGCAGCAGCAGCGGCGGCGGAGGAGGGUGGUGGCGGCGGCUUGCCCUCCUCCUCCUCCUUCUCCUCCUCCUCUGCCGGGGACAAUGGCCUCGCGGUCGGAGACCCCCCCGCCACCCAAGCGACCGGCCCGGGGCGGUUUGUCAGCCCCUCCGCGGCGAUGGAAGAGCCCCGGUUUGCCCUGAAGGUCCUCGUGAAGGACCAGGUGACCCGGCAGCCGCUCCCGGGGGCCUCCGUGGACGUCUACGUCAACCACACCCUGAGGAGCUCCUCCCGGACCGGGCCGAGCGGGGGGGUUCUGCUCUGGGUAGCGUACAGUCCAGGACUCAGUCUGACUCUGCUGGGCGGCAUGGGGGGCUACGUCCCCAGACCCCUGCCCUGGAGCACCGCCAGGAGGCCCGUUUUCUCUGCUGUGACGCUGCUGCUGCUCCCUCACAGUCAGGGGGACGUCUGGCUGUUUGACGACGCCGUGCUCAUCACCGGGAAGUUCCCCGACCGCUCGUCCCAGCCCACGGUCCGGUUCCCCAAGGACCUCCUCGCCAUGUCCCAUGAGGGCAACGUCUCCGCGGUGACGGCGUACCUGACCGUACCACAACACCACCUCGACUGCGCCAACUGCACGCCGGGCAUCAUCGGCAAGCCAUCGCCGGUCCGAAGCAUCGAGCUGAAGGCGGUGGCGGCGGUCAGUGUGCUGCUGUGCUCCGGCGGGGAGGAGCUACAGGUCCGGGGGCCCAUUCAAAUCAGCCUGCCCCUGAGACACAGCCCGCACCUGAGGGCCUCGGACACAGUGCCGGCCUGGGCCUUUAACCCGCAGACAGGAGCCUGGGAGAAUCAGGGUCUGGGGAUAGUGCGACCCGUGGGGGAGGAGCUGGUUUGGACCUACACCGCCUCCCACCUGGGCUACUGGAUCGCCGCCCCGCUGCCCUCGUCCAACGGGCGUGCGUUCUCCAUUGACUUCCUGUCCUACCACACCUACCUGCAGAUGGGAAUACUGGGAGCAACGCUGGCCGUGGCCAUCGGAUUUCUCUCCUUGCUGCUGGGUCACUGCAGGAGAAGUUCUCACCGACAGCCCAGGGGGAGGAGAGGUCGGUUUUCCAGACUCAGCGUGGUGAAAAGGGACCAAACCACCUCCACCCACAUGGAAGAGGGUCUGCUGUUCCGCUCCGGCGACAACAGCCUGGCUUCCUGCAGCGUCCCGUGCGAGCCCUCGUCCACGCCGAGGCACAAGGCCGCCUACAACAUCUACGUGGAGGACCCGGGGGGGCGCCCCGCCGCGCCGCUCUACGAGAACGUCGCUCUGGAUCGCCUCAAAGGCUCCCAGCCGCCGUCGCACUACGUCAACGGCGAGGAGGUGGCCCGGCUCAGGGGGCGGGCCAACGUGAACUCUGACAGCUUCUUCCAGGAGAAGAUGGUCCACAUCUACGGCCAGCCGGUGGCCGUCCUCCAGGGGCCCGAGCUGUUCGCCGCCCAGGAGCUGUCGGGCUGCAAGUCGGCCACCUUCCCCCGCGACGGAGUCGAGUACGAUCCGCACCCGGAGCACGCCAACAAGGACGGCUACGCCAAGACGCUGGUCCCUCACCACCACUCCCAAGGCGGCCAGGAUGAGCCCCAGCCGCUGGAGACUCCUCCCCAGGGCCAGGGCCCCAACGGCGUUUUGUGGGGGGGGCGCUACAACAACCUCCUGGAAUCCUCCGUCUCGGUGCCCGGGACUCUCAACGAGGCGGCCGGCGCCCCCAGGCGCGGCAGGUCCCACCCGAGGGCCUGGUUCGUGUCCCUGGACGGGAAGCCGGCCGCCCAGGUCCGCCACUCCGUCAUCGAGCUCCAGGCGCGCCGCCGCGCGCCCGGCAGCAGCAACGACACCAGCCUGGACUCCGGGGUGGACAUGAACGAGCCCCUGCACAGCGUCCGCGAGGUGGAGCGCGACAGGCGGCCGGCGGCGGCGGCGGCCAGGGCCUCCACCCUGCCGCACCGGGGCCGGGGGGGGGCGCGCCACGCCGACGACCAGGACCUGAGCAGCAGCGAGAGCGGCACCACGGCCACCUGCACGCCGGAGGACCCGUCCCUGAGGAGCGUUCUGGACGGGAGCAGCGGGGCCAUCCCCAACAUCCCCGAGGAGCGGGACGGGAUGGACACGUCCAGCGCCCAGGAGGACAGCGAGUCGCGGGAAACCCCGCCCCCGCGGCGCCUGAGGAAGGUGAGGGAGAAGGGCAAGGCGGACCGGCGGAGCGCCAGGCAGGUGCGCGAGGGGAGGCCCGUGGCCAAGAGGAGCUGAAGCGCGGCGCUCCGACCCCCCCCGGGGAGUGUGGGGGGGGGGACACACACACUGAGCUGAUUUCAUCGCGCGGCGUCAUCGGUGCAGAUUCUUCUUCUUCUUCUUUUUUUCCGCCACUCGAGCUCACGCGGGGCACCGUUUGUUGUUGAGUCACGUGGUUGUACAGCUUGUGCCAAAGAAUUCACACGCUAGCUCAAGAAGUACCGCAGCAUCUGUGUCACGUCGAACGCACCACGUAGCUGCAACACGUUCUCAUCAUCAUUCACGCGGCCGAAGGUCACCCGGCGAGGUCGCCCGGGGCUGGCGUGACAGAGGGUCCCGCCCAGGCGUGGAAUACGAUCACGCGAGGCCCCCAGGCCUUUGUCUACAUUUAGUCAGAUGUGGUGGGUUUGCAGGAUGGACGCAGAUACAGGGGGGCCAUGCGUAGUGCACUUAUCCACCACUAAUGCCUGAUGUAGGUGAAAUAAGACAGAGAAGAACCGAAAAUCUCCUUUGAGAUAAAAAAAAGCAAAGUGGACUGUGGGGUUGGCGGACACACUCAUGGUUGGAAUUACCCGUCAGGAAUGUGUGAGAUGUGGAAUGUGGAUCUGCUGGAUUGUCGAAACACGCGUCUCAAAGUCAGCACACCUGGUAUUUCAAGGUGUUCCACCUUUUACUGUUUUAGAACGCAUGAAACAGAAUGUCUCCGUGCGUGUAUGAAAAUAUAAUCAGCUUUUUACUGUGGCGCUGACUCUACAUCAUCGUAGCCGUUUGAUCGUCAGGUGAAUGAAUGUUUUAUUUCUUCAUCUGGUCCUGGAAGGAGACGUUGUGCUGUAACAGAACACUCAGCUCAGCUCAGAACCCUCAAGUUACACAUUGUCUUUCUUUCAUUUUUAACUUGACCCACAGUGCUGUCUUUUGUGAUUGUAUAUCAUUAAUGUUGACAAUAAUACACUAACUUCAUGGUGUGUUUGGUUUUCUUGGCAGAGAGAUAGUUUUAAUAGAUUUUUCAAUUGGAACUUUAUAAAAUCCGAUUUUGUACAGACAUCCCCAGAGAAGAGAAUGCAUUAAUCCUGACUUUAUCCUUUUCAAGUGGUUUUGUGUCAAAUGUUUCAUCAACUCUUGGAUGAAUUUAUGCCUCUUUCAGAAUCCGUUGUAAUAACUUUGGUAAACCCAUCGCUCUCCCUCU